UGGGCAUGGAGCAAUCUUAAAUCUUUUGGCCAACUCUUUCACAUAUCGAGGUGCUUAUCAUGAGCAAGGGGGUUUAACCAUUGUUUCUGACUGUAGACACUUGUUAUAUGGAAAAAAAAAAAAAAUUAGGGUUGAAUGAUGUUGUUUUUCCCCAAAAGUAACAGUAUGUAAUUACUAUAAAACCCAUUGCAGGAAGGGUGAACACAAUAGGUUGUGAAAGGUAGUUCGGUCGUUUGAUACGGAGGGCAAACUCCAAUGGGAGCACAAUAUAAAUUCGAGCGGCAGCCUUCUUUUUUUUUUUCCGCCGGGAAGUUGCUUUUAUAUAACUGAGGAGGAGGAAAAAAAACAAGCGUCAAGCCAACGCAGAAACACUAACCACCAAAUUCCUCCGCCUUUCCCCUGAGAAACCAACAUGAACGGAGGAGACGAGAGUGACCGCUUACUGGAUUCAGCUCGUUCAGCAGCGUUCAAAGAAUCAGAAAGCCUCGAAGGAGCUUUGCCAGAAAUUCGAGGAUAUGAUUUCAACCAAGGCGUCAAUUAUCCGGAGCUUCUCAGAUCAAUGCUUACCACCGGCUUUCAAGCGUCCAAUCUCGGAGACGCCAUUGCCAUUGUUAACGAGAUGAUAGAUUGGAAGCUUUCCCACGAGUGUCCGGCCGAAGAUAGUAGUGAAGAGGAGAGAGAUCCUGCUUUCCGGGAUUCAGUCAGGUGUAAAGUUUUCCUCGGGUUCACUUCAAAUCUUGUUUCUUCUGGGAUCCGAGACAUCAUUCGGUAUCUUGUUCAACAUCACAUGGUUGAUGUAGUGGUAACUACAGCUGGUGGUGUGGAGGAGGAUCUUGUCAAAUGCCUUGCACCUUCAUAUAAAGGCCAGUUUACGGCAUCCGGACGCCUUUUACGCGAUAAAGGGUUGAAUAGAGCUGGUAAUGUAUUCAUUCCAAAUGAAAAUUAUUGCAAAUUUGAGGAAUGGAUUAUUCCAAUUUUUGACAAGAUGUUGGAAGAGCAGGCAUCAGAGAAUAUACUCUGGACACCAUCCAAAGUCAUUGCUCGCCUUGGGAAAGAGAUCAAUAAUGAGAGUUCGUACUUGUACUGGGCCUACAAGAACAAUAUUCCGGUCUACUGUCCUGGCUUAACAGAUGGCUCAUUGGGAGACAUGUUGUACUUCCAUUCUUUCCGGAAUCCUGGCCUGGUUGUUGACAUUGUGCAGGGUAAUGAUACAUUGUUCUUCUAGAAUUCCAACAUGAGGUUAUUUGGCUGAUAGUUCGAUUGUGUGUUCGUCUUGCAAACAGAUAUCAGAAACAUGAAUGGGGAGGCUGUCCAUGCUGGUCUUAGGAAGACUGGGAUUAUAAUACUGGGAGGGGGGCUCCCCAAACAUCAUAUUUGUAAUGCAAAUAUGAUGCGGAAUGGGGCAGAUUUUGCUGUCUAUAUAAACACUGCGCAAGAGUAUGAUGGAAGUGAUUCUGGUGCCAGUCCUGAUGAAGCCAUAUCAUGGGGAAAAAUACGAGGUUCUGCGAAGACUGUGAAGGUUGCUCUUGUUGAUGUUUUAUAUUUGUUAGACAUCUGUUUUUAUGGCUGUCAGCAGAAACAUAUUUGUUUUUUUUUUUUUUUCCUUUUCAAGUUUGUACUAUCAUUCAAAUGUCAGUGUUGUUCAGUGUUGCUAAACGUUUCUUUUGGCAGGUUCAUUGUGACGCAACUAUAGCCUUUCCUCUCCUUGUAGCAGAAACAUUUGCUCUGAAGCAAAGCAAUUAUACAGCCAAAGCCUUAGCUGAUUGAAUUUUGUCAUCAUCCAAAUUUGCUGUACACUCCAUGACUAACAGUGAUGAUUUUCAACCCUUCAUGAAGCUAUUUUGACACUUCCAAGUCAGAAGUUUGGUGGAGGCGUCUUGUUUGGUUAGUUGGCCAUUCGUUUAGUGGGAGAUACUCAGAUUCCGCAUCGACGACACUCUGUAGUAUAAGAAUCACAAGGAUAGCAUCAAGUUCUUUCCCUCUUUUCACUGCCCUCAUCUUUUAGUCUGAUCGAAAGGUGCAUAUACAAUCUAGUUCAGUUCCGCACACUUGAAUCAUCGUCGAAGAUCCUGUUCCACAUUCUUUUGAGCUCAACCUUUAGGCAGGAAAGUUUCAGUUAGCAGUUUUAUAAGAUUGAUGAGCACAAAGUUAUUGAUGUAGAUUUAUCCUUAUCCGUACUUGUAAUAUGUCCCGGUAAGGACCAAGAAUGGUCUGAAGGAUUUCUUGUAAUGAGUAAUGACUUAUUUCAGGCAGGGAUAUGUAACUGGCCAAAUCUUGUUUUGCUUCAAUUUUAACUUUUACUCCCAG